GCCUGCGGGAUACCACGGGAAUACAAAAAUGCGCUAGAGCGGUCCGCAACGCUGUAGCCUGCGUGAGGAACAAUUGAUACUAAGUGGCACUAGGCUGCAGGGGGUGCCACUGACACACUGGGAGAGGGCUCAGCCAACCACAAGGUGAUAACGAGGUCAGCGGAGCACCAGAAAUCGGCUCACUAGCCUCCUGAUCAGUCUCGGCCCAGAGGAAAACGAAGGGCUUGAGCUUCUGCUUUUACAAAUCUGAGGGGCAGGAAAUGAAAUCCCACUAUCAGUCUGCGUAGUGGAGUUGAGCCCUCGCACCCGCUCCCCAGGGGGUCGCCUACAACGCGUUCCAGGCGGGCAGGCUCGGGACCCGCUCCCUCACAAGCCCCCGGCCACGCGGUGUCUGGGACCUGGUGCCUAGUCAGCCCGGGUGGCUCCGCCCCGAGGCCCCGCCCCAUGACGCGAGACCCCGCCCCCGCAGCGCCCGCUUCCAAGAUGGCGGUAGCGAUGCUUGCCCGGCUGUUGGGGUGGCGGUGACGACAGGCAGCAAAAGACCACCUGGUCCCAGAUUCGCUGCUGGAGUGCUGGAUGGAGUCUUUCUCUGCCCUCUGUGACAUUUCCAAUUUUAGAUAAUGCCUCACAUCUCUGUCCCCCCGGGACGCCCUGGAGCCCCCAUGAUCCCUAAGAAGACAGCUUGAACCUAGAAUUCCCCUCUCCCUCCCUAGAUCUCACCCCCAGGAUGUUGCGGAGGCUGCUGGAGCGGCCUUGCACGCUGGCCCUGCUUGUGGGCUCCCAGCUGGCUGUCAUGAUGUACCUGUCACUGGGGGGCUUCCGAAGUCUCAGUGCCCUAUUUGGCCGAGAUCAGGGGCCGAUAUUUGACUAUUCUCACCCUCGUGAUGUCUACAGUAACCUCAGUCACCUGCCUGGGGCCCCAGGGGGUCCUCCAGCUCCUCAAGGUCUGCCCUACUGUCCAGAACGAUCUCCUCUCUUAGUGGGUCCUGUGUCGGUGUCCUUUAGCCCAGUGCCAUCACUGGCAGAGAUUGUGGAGCGGAAUCCCCGGGUAGAACCAGGGGGCCGGUACCGCCCUGCAGGUUGUGAGCCCCGCUCCCGAACAGCCAUCAUUGUGCCUCAUCGUGCCCGGGAGCACCACCUGCGCCUGCUGCUCUACCACCUGCACCCCUUCUUGCAGCGCCAGCAGCUUGCUUAUGGCAUCUAUGUCAUCCACCAGGCUGGAAAUGGAACAUUUAACAGGGCAAAACUGUUGAAUGUUGGGGUGCGAGAGGCCCUGCGUGAUGAAGAGUGGGACUGCUUAUUCUUGCAUGAUGUGGACCUCUUGCCAGAAAAUGACCACAAUCUGUAUGUGUGUGACCCCCGGGGACCCCGCCAUGUUGCCGUUGCUAUGAACAAGUUUGGAUACAGCCUCCCGUACCCCCAGUACUUCGGAGGAGUCUCGGCACUUACUCCUGACCAGUACCUGAAGAUGAAUGGCUUCCCCAAUGAAUACUGGGGCUGGGGUGGUGAGGAUGAUGACAUUGCUACCAGGGUGCGCCUGGCUGGGAUGAAGAUCUCUCGGCCCCCUACAUCUGUAGGACACUAUAAGAUGGUGAAGCACCGAGGAGAUAAGGGCAACGAGGAAAAUCCCCACAGAUUUGACCUCCUGGUCCGUACCCAGAAUUCCUGGACGCAAGAUGGGAUGAACUCACUGACAUAUCAAUUGCUGGCUCGAGAGCUGGGGCCUCUUUAUACCAACAUCACAGCAGACAUUGGGACUGACCCUCGGGGUCCUCGGGCUCCUUCUGGGCCCCGUUACCCACCUGGUUCCUCCCAAGCUUUCCGUCAAGAGAUGCUGCAACGCCGGCCCCCAGCCAGGCCUGGGCCUCCACCUACUGCCAACCACACAGCCCUCCGAGGUUCACACUGACUCCUCCUUCCUGUCUACCUUAAUCAUGAAACCGAAUUCAUGGGGUUGUAUUCUCCCCACCCUCAGCUCCUCACUAUUCUCAGAGGGAUGUGGGGGAACUGAACUCUGGUGCCGUGCUAGGGGGCAGGGGCCUCUCCCUCACUGCUGGACUGGAGCUGGGCUCCUGUAGACCUGAGGGGUCCCUCUCUCUAGGGUCUCCUGUAGGGCUUAUGACUGUGAAUCCUUGAUGUCAUGAUUUUAUGUGACGAUUCCUGGGAGUCCCUGCCCCUAGAGUAGGAGCAGGGCUGGACCCCAAGCCCCUUCCUCUUCCAUGGAGAGAAGAGUGAUCUGGCUUCUCCUGGGACCUCUGUGAAUAUUUAUUCUAUUUAUGGUUCCUGGGAAGUUGUUUGGUGAAGGAAGCCCCUCCCUGGGCAUUUUCUGCCCAUGCUGGAAUAGCUCCCUCUUCUGGUCCUGGCUCAGGGGGCUGGGAUUUUGAUAUAUUUUCUAAUAAAGGACUUUGUCUCGCA